UAUCUGGACUUUUUAAGACCACUAAUAACACACAUUUAGCAGCAUUGUAUUAGAGGUAGUUGGCAACACUGAAUGUCUAUGGAUAGAUAAACUUGAAUGGCGUCCGUUUGAAAUUCAAUAAUGUCACAGUUUGUUUUGAAUUUUUAUUUGAAAAGUUAAGAAUCUAUGUGAGAAACUCAAAAUAUAAUAUUUCAAGCAAAUUAUGGAAAAUUCCGUGAAUGAAAAUGAAGCCCAUCAAUCUCUCCGAUCACCACCGCGACGACGUCGCUCAACUUUCUUUGAAAGAAGAGACUCCAUAGUGCCACAAUUUUUGUCAGAAAAUGUUGAUACAAAUGCUUGCAAGAAAACAGACACAAAUGAUAAAGUUACAGAGGAACUAACAAGAUAUUAUGAGAAACUUUUGUUGGAAAAAGAACAAUGGAAAAAAGAGGUAAAGAGCAGAAGGCACAGAUAUGACGACUUGAAAGAGCAAUGUGAGAUGGCCGCAAAGUCUUCAAACAAAUCUAUAUCUAUGUCAUUGGCUGCACUCUCAAAGGAAGAUAUUGAAUUUCUGAAUGGAAAACCAAACCUCUCUAAACUGAUUGACAGCCAACAAAAGUUACACAAAUCAGUGAAGGAAACUUGUGCAUUGUAUAGUAGAGCGAAUGAUUUGGAUGAUAUAAUAUUAAAUGAUUGUGAACGCAAAAUCAAUACUAUAACUGAACAUAUUCUAGAAAAUAGUACAGUAGAACCUGUUGAAACAAAAUCACCUGUUGAAUUAAAUCUAUCCAAUUGAUAAUGUAGAUGAGUGUUAUUGGAUUCGGUCUAGUGGCUUCUAGCAGAGUCAAAUACAGCAGCAUCCUUUUCCCAUGGAUUUCAUAGGAGGCGACUUGUUCAUGAAGGCACUACAUGGGCAUCAAAAUCUUAUGUCACAUAGCUUUUACAAACAAAAGUAGAGAUUACAAUCAAAUUGAAACUAAAGAUUUUAUAUCUUUGACCUGCCCCUGUAGCGUGGCAUGCGUGACGCCCUUUUGUUGCGUGAAAAACUAUCGCUUUUUCGCUUCUUAUAAUAACAAUAGUUUUUUGCGCAAAAAUAACGGCACUUUCGGCGACUUAUUUAGCAGUUACUUUGGCCAAUAUUUCAAUUAAGCUAUUUUGGACAGCAAACAAAUGUAGUGUAAAAUUAAACUUUAUCAUAUUCAAAUGAUUGCAGCUGUAAAUAAAUUUAGUAUGUUAAGUAUUAACAUAGUUGAAAAGUGUCAAUCUAUGAAUAGUAUCUAGCAUUUUAGCCCACUACAACACAUAAAACCAUUUCUUUGAUAAAAAUACUUUUGUGCCAUAUAUUGCACACCAUAUAGAGUUAAUGCCAUAUUUUCUAUAUUCCUUGUGUAGGUUCACUUGCAAAUCCUUCCAUCCUUUAAGAUUGUUUGUAAAAACAUAUACAUACAUAUACUCACGUCUAUAUUCCUUGCGAGGUAGACAGAGCCAACAGUCUUGAAAAUACUAAAAACGCUUAAACUACCUAAUCUCUUUAAUGACAUUGAAAAAAGUUUCAAAAAAAGGUAAUAAAUUCGGGUAUGUUGUUUUUAUUUGUUUGUUACUUAUUAUUCUUACCCACCAGAAAAGAUUGUGGGCGGUGGAUUUUUUUCUUUCUGAUUGUCUGAUUGGCGUAUGCUAGCUCUUUAUAACCCAUUUGUUAGUAAUUUAAUUACUAAAAAAAGUAUGUAGUUACAUCAAAAUUAUCUUCUAAUCCUAAUUUAGUUUAAAAAAUAACUUGAUCGAUAUGCAUAAGUUGUAAAUAUAGACUGU